AUGAAUUUUAGUCCCACUUACCCUGGGGAAUUAGAUAAGACAAAAAAUGAAUAUACGUUAAGUUAUCCGGGUGUAUCAUUUGUGUUUCCUAUACCUGAAGAACAUAUUUCUUUAUUUAUUUCUUCAACUGACCUUCCUUUGGAAUUACCUGAUGGCACGUCUCCUUUACUUUCUCGUCUACACACUUACCACGGUGCCAAUUUUCGCAACGUUACAGCUCCUCCGUUGCCAAGAAAUGUCAACCCUGAAAAUAUGGGAUGCAAUGGGGAUCUUGGUGAGGUUGAAAGUGUUGUUGCUGAGCUAAAACGUGGUAUUACUGUGAAUUUUUUGGCUAGAAACAAUUCCAAUCAAAUCUCUGUCGAGAUACUUUUGAAUGUGACCACACCACAGGAUCUUAUUGUUGAUAUAGGUUCUCCUCUCAGAAUAUUUUACAAGGAAGAGGACAAAAUGCGAAUACAUUCAAAAGAUAUUGGCAUCGAUAGUGCUGAGGAUGGUGAUACUACUUCUAACAAAACAUUGUCUAAUGGCGUAGAAAAUCACAUUCAGGAAGGAGAUAUGGGGCACCCAAUAGAUUAUUUUUACAACUAUUUUCAUCUUGGAUUUGAUGUAUUAUUUGAUGGCGUUUCACAUCGUUGUAAGAAAAUAAUUUUGCAUGUUGCUAAACUAGAAGUUUUUGGCGAAGAUGAUGAUGAUAUUCAUUCAACGUCGGCGUCAACCCAAAAUGGAACUAAUUAUAUUUCAUCAGAAAUGAAGCUCAUAGGACCACCUUCCGGUCGGCCGUUAAUUUUUAAUCGAGGAGCUGGUGGUCAGAACCCAUUUGGUCCAACUGAAUUAAGUGGUUAUGAUGAUUCUUUUGUACGAUUCAAAAUUUUUACAAAGUAA